AUGGCCGCGGUCGGCGAUGGACAAAGCUCCAGGGGCUCCUCGCCCAUGUCUUCUCCGCCACAAGGACUUUCUGAUACCAUCAGUGUCGCGCCCGCGCAGCCUCAGUUUCUGCGUCCUGGAGAUGUUGCAUUUCCCCAACUUUCUCGUCCACCACAACCACAGCCUGCUACGUCAACGUCUGCAAAUACCACAAAUGGCAACGCCAAGGCUGCAUCACAUGAUCCUACCAAAAAGGUCAAACAAACGCGCAAGAGGAGAGAUCCUGAGGCCGCCGAGAAGGCUGCUGCUGCAGAGGCUGCUAAGGAAAAGAAACCUCGCAAGCCUCGUGAGCCCAAGGAUGUUAAUGCUCCAACAGCUGGCUCGCGUAAGAAACAGAAGACUGAUGCAUCGACUAAUUCUACUCCUACUGCAAACCGUCAACCUACUCUUGGUGACAUGGUUGGUAAAUUCCAGACGCCUCUUCCACCUACUCCGAGUGCGCAGCAAACACAGCCUGUACAGAUUGUGAAAACCGAGGAAAAGAAACCCAUCGUUGCACCCGCACCCGCACCCGCACCGGCUCCUGCACGGCCUGCCUCGAGUGGUCAAAGAUAUGACCCCAUUCGCGCUUCUAUGACCGUGGACCCUUACUCGACACCUGCACACACUUCGACUGCUUCACUUCAAGUGUCACCACAUGCGCACAGAGCAAGCGCAUCACCUGCAAUCGCAAGUCUGAUCAACCCUCCUGCUCCUAACGAUAUACUCAUGUCCCCUCCUGUGGUUCCAUCUGUACCUGCUCAGGCAAAAUCACCUAGCGUUGCUGCCACCAUGCCGCCUCCUUCCAGCGUCAACCGUCAACCAGAAGUUCAACCUGCGCCAAGCACCCUCACGAACAAACCACCUCAACCAAUCUUGCAUCCACUGCCUGUGGUGAUGGAUGACGCCAUGGACAUCGACGCUCAUGACGAGCAAAAGCCAGCACAGAUCGUUGCUAAGCCUUCAGACAAGGACAAGGAAAAGGAGAAGGAGAAUCAAAAACCCGCCGCCAAACCAUCUUCCGCACCAGCACAAAAGGCCAAGCGCGCCUCACCUCCUGCAGCUACCGGUAGUGGCCUUCUUUCUGGUAGUGAUAUCUUCGGAGGUCCAUCAGCCGUCACCGAGGAUCACAAACGCCAUGGAGUGAAUAUUGACAUCGAGAUUCCCCUCAAUCCAGCAGGUAACAACACGAUCAACAUUGCCCAAGAAAUCCUGAAGAAGUAUGGAAAGAAUGCCAUCAAUCCUCGUGCUGCAGCACACCGUGAACGUCUAUUGCAAGUCGCUGCUGCAGCCAACCGUCUGGAGCCUGGCACUGGUGACGAUAUCUCUGUCGACCUCAAUUCUGAGGCCGAGAAUGACAGCAACGUUGAGAUGGGCGGUAUGGAGGAAGAGAAGAAGGGUGAAGACGAACCUAAGAAGCGCCGCCGUAGAAAGGUGGAGGAUUACGACAAGGAAGAUGACUUUAUCGACGACACGGAGUUGGCAUGGGAAGAAGGUGCAGCAGUCGCUAAGGAUGGCUUCUUUGUCUAUUCUGGCCCGCUUGUGCCGGAAGGAGAGAAGGCCCAGAUCGAGACCUCUGCACCUUCUGGUCGUGGAAGAGGUCGUGGCCGUGGACGCGGUCGUGGAGGUGCUACCGGUGUCACUCACGCUCAACUCGCCGCAAAGAACGCCGACCCUUCAGCCGCAGCAACCACUCCCAUGACUGGCCGAGGUCGAGGCCGUGGUCGCGGCACUGGAGCCACUCGCAAGCCACGCAUUACCAAAGCCGAUAAGGAGAAGAUGGAAAGUGAGAAGGUGCAACGCGAGCGCCAGGCUGCUGCGCUUCCACAGGCGAACUCCGCCGCAGCUGUCUUCCUGACCCCUGCCACUAUGGCGCAGGUAUGA